GCGCGGGGCGGGGGGAGCAGCGGCCGGGCGCGCGCGCGCUCGGAUCCCGGCGCGGCCAUGGGGGCAGCGGCUGCCGAGGCGAACCGGACGCUGUUCGUGGGGAACCUGGACCCCAAGGUCACCGAGGAGCUCAUCUUCGAGCUCUUCCACCAGGCGGGCCCCGUGAUCACCGUGAAGAUCCCGAAGGACCGGGACGGGCGGCCCAAGCAGUUCGCCUUCGUCAAUUUCAAGCACGAGGAGUCGGUGCCGUACGGGCUGCGGCUGCUCAACGGGAUCAAGCUGUACGGGCGGCCCAUGCGCAUCCAGUUCCGAUCAGGGAGCAGCCAUGCAGCCCAGGAUAUCAAUCCAUCCUGUUCCCAGCUCGGAGCUGCUGGCACCAACCCUCCUGGGAUGCCUCAUCCAGCAUCCAACUGCAGCAGGUAUGAGAGGGUUCCAGAUGGCAUGGCCGCUCCGGGGUACCCGCCGAGCCUGCAGAGACAAGCGGUGAUGAACAGUGUGGCUCGGCAGCAGCCCCAGUUCGGGGGCAAAUACGAGCAGCCCGGCUUUGCCCCUCCCGGCUACCCCCACUCCUUCCAUGCUCUGCCAGGCUCCCCGGGGCCGCGGCGGCCGGAGGGGCCGGCGCCGCGCAAGGGCCGGCUGGGCGCCCACCCCUACUCCCCGGACGGCCGCCACUUCGGCCGCGAGCGCUUCGGCGACCCCGACUACGGCCGCGGCAAGCGCGACGAGUACGGCUUCGAGGAGCGGGGCCACGAGGCCGAGCACCACUACCGGGGCGGGCGCGAGGAGCACUACGACGACAGGCACCGCGACAGCUGGAGCUACGAGUACCGCAGGGAGAGCUACAGAGAGCCCAAGUGGCACUCGGCGCGGCAUUGAUGGACUCGAGGGCAAAGGAACGUUGUUUCUUACUCAGUACAUGUAUAAACCCCCCCAAAAAAACCCCGGUGAAGACACCUUUCAGUGUGACUUUUAAAAAAAAUACCAGCAGUGCAGUCCUGCCAAACUCUGGUCUCAGUAUUAAAUGUGUUAACGCACACUUCAGGGCUUUUGACGGGCUAAGAAAGCUGUGGUGAGUUCUUGGAGAAGCCACCACUCUGUCCUUGUGUCACAGAUAAGUGCUGUUGGUAUUGUUUUACAAGAAAUGAACAUCUGUGUCAGAUGAACGGGUCUGGUGUUUUAAGCAGAGCUCAGGUGGGACAGAUGCUGCCUGGCAUCUGUAACAUUCCUCAUAUUCUUUUUUUAUACAGUCACAAAAUCACAGGUUGCUCUGGGUUGGUAGCAACCUUAAAGACCACCUCACUCCAACCCCCUGCCACAAGCAGGGACACCUUCCACUGCACCAGGCUGCUCAGAGCCCCAUCCAACCUGGCCCUGAACGCUUCCAGUGAUGGAGCAUCCACAAUUUCCAUGGGCAACCUGUUACAGUACCUAAGCACCCUCACAGUAAAGAAUGUUUUCCUGAUAUGUAAUAUAAACGUACUCUCUUUCAA